GGCACUGCCUCUUUGUUAGCUGUAAACAAACAUUAAUUUAUUCCUUCAGUGACACCCUAACAGAGCGAAAUCGUUAAGCAAGUCCUCAGCGUGAGCAGCCAGCGUUGGUUCGACUGCAGGCCCUUCCCCUGUAACGAAGGGCUGUGGCGAGGGCAGGAAGUUAUUGUGGAAAGAAAGAAUACAUGUAAGAAACAGGAUGUCUCAUGCCGGGAGACGAUACCAAGAUAAGCAACAUGGGCACCGUGAGAACCAUGGAUCUGAUAGAUAUGAGGAAGACAGAAAAGUGAGAAAACCAUACCUGUACAAUGGAAGAUCAACAGAAGACAUCCGAGGUGGCCAGCACUCAAGAAAUUCUACUGUUUGCUCAGACUCUUACUCUAAAACCUCAAGAGCAGCAUGGGAAUAUUUUGGCCCACCACCAGAGUGUUAUCCUCCCAAGGAAACCUUCUCAAUGAAGUGUUCAAAGGUAUGCACAACAAGAGGCAUUUUGAAGUUUGUGGAGAUCACAGUUAACCUCCUGGUGCUGAUCUGUGUGGGUGCUGCCCAAGCCUCUGUUGCAGGCUUCACAUCCCUUGGCGGCUUUGGUAUCGGCUCCUUCAGCCUGAAUUCUGCCUAUAGCCCCUUUGAGGGUACGGAGCUCAAGGAGGUGAGGGAGCUAGACAUGCAGUUCACCCAGAUGAGAGCCCCUUGCGUCUACGGUGGAGUAGCCUUCAGCUUAACAGCAGCAGCACUUACCCUUGUCUUCCUUGUCGUGGGGGCAAAACCCAUCCAGCAGCUCAGGACUGGGCUGCUGGCAGGCGAAUGUGCCUUCAACCUGCUGGCUGGCGUGGCGUACAUCGCAGCGGUCGGCCUCUACCUGCAUUUUGUCAGCGAGGUGAACUCCACAGAAGUUUGCAAGAGGCGUGAGAGGCUGUAUGCGCGCCGUGGUUAUACCUCCAUGAACUGUGUGGUCCAGGGCGGUGACGCAGCUGUCGGCCUUUUUGGUGUCGCUGCUGCAUGUUUGUACUUCGCCAGCUUUGUGGUCUGCAUCCUUGCUAUCCGAACUGUCCGGGCCUUCCAGAGCCACGCAGCCAAGGCUCAGCACAGCCCCAAAAGUAGCAUUCGAGACAGAAGCAUCGGAAACCACCACCGUGCUAUCCACUGCACCCCUGAAAGCUCCCACAACAUCCAGGCUUUUGCUACGUUAGUGUGAAGUCAGCUGUGGGACUGUGCCAGACAGCUGGAGCUUCAGCAAGGGAUGGACACUGGGUGUUGCAUGCUAAACAGGUGACCAGUCCGGAAUGUAUUUUCCUACAAGGUGUUGAAUUGUCUAUCAAAUCACCAAGCGUAACAACACUGCUGUAACAUGAUGUAAUAAAAUUUA